AUGGAGGAGCAGCUCAAGGCUAUGGCGGAGCAGAUAGAGAUCAUGAAGACCAUACAUAAGACCGAUUUGAGUAGACUUCGAGAGGAGAUAGCUGAACUGAAGAACAAGCAAACCUUGCCAAGCAACUACGAGCAGAACGAGCAGGCAACUCUUCAGUGGGCGCAAACUUCGAUGAAGGAGUUACGUACGGAAAUGAGGGAACUUAACCACAGGGUCAACAAUUCGAUGCUACUGAAACAGAUUCAUUUCAUGAAAAAUGAGUUGAAGCGAACUGUCAACGUGAACACGGAUUUGGUGCAGAUGGCCAGGACUCAAGAAACUAGAAUUGACAAGCUGGACAACGAAGUCAGCAUGGUCAGACAUGAAAAUCAGCAGAUGAGAGGAAUGAUAGCGCAACUGAGAGGACACGUUGGCAAGCUGUCCAAAGAGCUGAAAACUAAACAGAUGGAAGAAAUGCAAGCCUUCGAAACGAACAACGUGGAAGUUCAGUCGAAGUCUGGACACAGACUGCGGCAUAGCAAAAUGAUCCACACACAAAUUUCCCGCUUGGCUCGCAGCCAGGACCAACUAGACGCAUAUCAGCAGACCCUACAGAACCAAUUACUUGAUGUUCAACGACGUCUCGACCGCAUCGAGGAACCUAACUGGAAACUUAUCACGGCUAAAUUAGAAUACUUUGAGGUGGAAGCGAAGGCACUCAAGGACCAAGUUAACAAUGUGUCUCAGAAAGUAUCAGACUUUGACAAAGUGCAUGCGUCUUUACUCGAAUUGCGAGAGGACGUUGAAAGCCUGGAGAAUAAAGUCGAUAAGACAAUACCGGAAUUCAGAAAGGAGAUAUCGAAGUUGGAUAUAAGUUUUGCUCAGUUGACUGCCGCGACAUCAUACUUGAAGGAGAACCAGGAGAACUUGAAACAGACUGUGAAGGCCAUAGCUGUCAGCGUCAGCAAUACGAUCGACCGUUCCGAGAUACAGCGUCUUGAUAUGAACAAACUCAAUGAAUCCAUACUCGACCUAAAAGCGACCGCCAAACAGCACUUCUACCGUUUGAACGAUCACAUUUUGAAGAGCGAAGCCACCCAUGUCGAGUCCAACUACACCGAAAUUGUCUCCCUCCCAGAAUUGAUGGGUGAAGUGAAGGAACUGCAGCCGGUCGAGCGUGAGUACGAAGACCUGGUUAAGCAACUGCCCAAGGACUGCUCCACUGUCUCCGGUCCCCCCGCCACCUACCUCAUCCACCCAGGCAGGUCCCCCGUGGAAACCUGGUGCAACGAACACUCGACUCUUCUCCAGCGUCGCUACAACGGAACCGUGGAAUUUAACAGGAAGUUUGUUGAAUAUGUCCAAGGCUUCGGCGACGCCACCUCCGAAUUCUGGCUCGGCUUGCAAACGAUGCACGAGAUUACCGCGGACAACUGCUCUUCAAUGAGGAUCGACAUGACCGACAUCUACGGCAGCGACUGGUACGCCCAAUACGAGCAUUUCUCCGUCGGUACCGCUGAUACCGGAUACGUUCUUGAAGUGAGCGGUUUCAAGGGAAACGCGAGCGAUGCCUUCGAAUACCAGAACCACAUGGAGUUCUCUGCUAUCGACCGAGACCGUGACAUCUCGAACACCCACUGCGCGGCUAACUACGAAGGGGGCUGGUGGUACUCUCACUGCCAACACGUCAACAUCAACGGGAAAUACACACUUGGCUUGACCUGGUUCGACGCUGCGAGGAAUGAGUGGAUAGCUGUUGCCACCAGCGAAAUGCGCGUGUACCGCCGCCCUGGAUGCCCCUAA